AUGCCUUUAAUUAACCAAUGUAGCGAUGUUCUAGGCAUAUGGCGUAUCUUAGAAACUGAAACCUUUCACGAUGAGCCACAAACAUGCGGUGGAUCACUACCUAAUCGCAACUUGGAUAAUUUGAAGCUUGGAGAUUAUAGGCGUUAUCUACAGGCUAGAUAUGGUGGCCUUCGUGAGACUGUAGUCGAGCUGGUUGAUGAGCGCCAUUACCGAAGGAGCGAACUUCCUCCUAGGAAUCAAUGGCGUUACUUAGGCGUACGCGAUCCUGCAUCUGGACACGGCUUUAUAGGACAGUGGACUUUGGUCUAUGAUGAAGGUCUCGACAUAGAUAUUGGCCCCAGCCGUUACUUCGGAUUUUUCAAGUACGUAAAGAUCGAUAAUAAUGAUUGCCCUAUGGUGUUGGAAGGAAGCCAAGAGGAUUCCCACGGCAAUGUGCAGUGUUACAGGACAACAGCGUCUGAAAUUGGCAUUGGUUGGGCCACUAGGAAGGUGUUUAAGAACGGAAAACCAGCAUUUACUUAUGGUUGCUUCUAUGCCGAAAAGGUUAAAGACGACAAACGCCAUUCGUAUGUGCUGGAUGAGUCCUCCAAUGCAGUUUUACGAAACGAGAAACACAGUAUCAACAAAUGGGUGAAAAGGGAUUACGCGGAAUUCCGAGAUUUGUCUCCCUUUCGAUUCUUGCAACUGCACAAGGGUACUUACUUUAAGAGCAUACAUCAUUCUCAUUUAUCCGAAUAUCGGACAUCCGAUACCCAUUUUGCCAAUCGAUUUAUGCAGAAAGGGGCACAUGGCAAAUAUGCGUGCAAAGCUGUAGCUGACGCUGCCGACUACUACGGUGAGAUGGAACUACCACGUCACUGGUCAUGGGGCGACUCUUUCUCCGGCGAAACAGAUAUAAUCCAACCUUUCAGUCAAGGUCAAUGUGGGAGCUGUUAUGCAAUGGCAUCCAUAUAUGUGCUGGCUAGGCGCUUCGAUAUUCUACUCCGUAAGCUCUACCCGGAAACCAAUUGGGAACAUACUGCGCGACCCUCGGUGCGCGAUAUUGUGGAAUGCUCUCCGUUUAAUCAGGGCUGCUUCGGUGGAUUCCCAUUUUUGGUAGGGAAGCAUCUUACAGAAUUGGGUGUUCUGAGUGAGUCGGACUCACCCUAUACGAUGAAACUAGAAGGAGGUACAUCUAGCUGUCACGUUAAACAGGACAGCCCCGAUGACAGGUGGUUUGCAGCAUCAUAUGGGUAUAUUGGCGGAUGUUACGAGUGCACAAGUGAGUUAGAAAUCAUGAAGGAAGUCUACCACCACGGACCUGUCGCCGUCGCUAUAGACGCUCCACAAAGCCUUUUCAACUACUAUAACGGAGUUUAUGAUGAUGAGCCAGCCAACCACGGAUCCAAUUGCGACUUGCCGCUUUCCAGUUUGAACGGUUGGGAGUAUACUAACCACGCGAUUAUUAUAGUUGGGUGGGGUGAGGAAGAUGUGGAGGGUGUUCUCACUAAGUUUUGGGUCUGUAGAAAUACGUGGGGAAACGAUUGGGGUAUUGGCGGUUUCUUCAAAAUGAAGCGUGGGGUAAACUUAUGUGGAGUUGAGUCACAGGCUGUAUACAUCGACCCGGACCUUACCCGAGGUAUUGCUGCGCGCCUGGUGAAGAGUCAGACAUGA